AUGCUGCCUGUCCUGCUGAUCCUCUCAGGCCUGGGCCGGCUGACCUCCGCCGGCCAUCGUGAGUGUAGGACCUGCUCCGUCACUUAUGCCAUCAAAAUUGACCAGAAAAUAUACACUCUCCACCUUGAAAAACAGUCAUUUUUAGACCCUCAUUUCCUUGUGUAUGCAUACAACAAAUCAGGAACAUUGUAUCCAGAUUCUUCAUUUAUGAAGGGCCAUUGCCUUUAUCAAGGAUAUGCUGCAGAGGUUCCAAAAUCAGUUGUGACACUUAGCACUUGUUCUGGACUCAGGGGAUUAUUGCAGUUGGAGAACGUCAGUUAUGGCAUUGAACCAUUGGAAUCUGCAGCUGCAUAUGAGCAUAUGCUUUAUCAAAUAAAGAAUAAUAAAACUGAGUUUUUGCCCUUACAAGAAAAUUAUCCCACGACCCAAGUGGUAGAUCAGUCCUACCGGAUACUUGUGAAAUCAGAAAAAAAAUCAGAUGUUGAGCUAUUGAAAAGAAUUCUGAAAAUUCAAAUCAUUAUGGAUAAAGCCUUGUUUGAUUUAAUGGGCUCUGAAGUAGCAGCUGCAACUGAGAAAGUUGUCCAUAUCGUUGGUGUAAUCAACACUAUAUUUUCCCAGCUUAAAGUGACAGUUAUGCUAACUUCUUUGGAGCUCUGGUCUGAUCAAAAUAAGAUUUCGCUUAGUGGGGAUGCUAAUGAAGUACUACAAAGAUUUGUGUCAUGGAAAGAACAAUUUUUGUUUCAGAGGUCCCAUGAUAUGGCAUACUUAUUAAUUUAUAGGAACCAUCUUAAUUAUGUGGGAGCAACAUAUCAUGGAAUGGCAUGUAAUCCAAAGUUUGCUGCGGGAAUUGCUCUGUAUCCGCAGAUGAUAACUUUAGAUGCAUUUUCAGUUGUUAUGGCACAGUUGCUUGGAAUUAAUCUGGGAUUAACAUACGAUGAGAUCUACAAUUGUUACUGCCCAGGAACUACAUGCAUAAUGAAUCCUGAAGCAAUACAUUCCCAUGGUGUAAAGUAUUUUAGCAGUUGCAGCAUGGAUGAAUUUAAGCACAAGGUUUCACAGCCUGAAUUUGAAUGUCUUCAGAAUAAAACAGUUUCAGAAGUGGUUCGCCAAGGAAGAACUGCAAUUUGUGGUAAUAAAAUUGUGGAACCACCAGAACAGUGUGAUUGUGGUCUUCCAGAGGAAUGCACUCACAAAAAAUGCUGUAAUCCUGUAAGUUGUACUCUAAUUGGAAAUGCAGAGUGUGGCAGUGGACCAUGCUGUGAUAGAAGAACUUGUCUGAUAGCUGAAAGAGGACGUUUAUGUAGGAAAACGACAGAUCCAUGUGAUUUUCCAGAAUUUUGCAAUGGAACAUCUGAGGCUUGUGUACCUGAUGUGAAAUCUGCUGAUUUAGAACCAUGUAAUAAUAAUACUGCCUAUUGCUAUGAGGGAAUAUGCCGAGAUCCAGAUGUACAGUGUGAAGCAUUAUUUGGAAAAUUUGCUAAAGUUUCUACUUAUCUAUGUGCACAAGAAGUGAAUUUUCACGCAGAUCAAUUUGGAAACUGUGCCAAACAUGGUUGCAAUUUUCGGCAUAUCCUUUGUGGAAAGAUAGUUUGUCACUGGACACAUUCACAGAUAGUACCAGUAAAAACUUUUAAUGUUCAAUAUACUUACCUUGGAGGCCAUAUAUGUUUGUCAGCAUAUUUGAGAAAUGAAACACAAUCUUCAGAGUAUGAUUUUACUCAAGUGCAUAAUGGCACGAUAUGUGGUCAAAAUAAGUAUUGUUAUAAAGGAUUCUGUAGAGAAAGAAGUGAGAACCCAGUAAAAACAAAUUGUGACUCAGUAAAAAAUUGCAGUGGACAUGGGGUUUGCAAUAAUAGGUUUAAUUGUCACUGUGAUGUUGGAUAUUCUCCUCCAAAUUGUUAUCUAAAACCAUCAUCACCAGGAGGAAGUUAUAAUGAUGGGUAUUGGUUUCCAGAGGAGAAAGGUCAAAACAUACCUGCAAAACGACAUGCUGCUCCUGAAAAAAAUGGCCUCUUAAUCAGUUUCUACAUUUUUCUAUCUUUCCUUAUUUUAAUUGCCAUUAUUGCUCUUAAAUGGAAUAAAAUAAGAUUUUGGAACAGAGUGGAAACAGUAAGUGGAGAAUCUAUAUCAGAAGACAACAAUCGUAACAGCAACCAGUCAUCAAGUUAAAGUGACUAAACAAUGUCAAAAAGCCAUAGGUUGGAAAAAGGAUAUUACCAAGAUGCUAACCAUUAAUUGACCUGAUUCAAGAAUGAAAAAAAAAAAAAAACCUAUUCUCUCUUUUUGUUAUGGCUUAAAGCUUUUCAACUUCACAAACAAAAAUAAAUCCUGAGAGUGAAAGUA